AUGAAGUUCGUCAUGCGUCCCACUUCCGACACCGAUUGGAUGGGUCGAAAGGGAAAACCCGGUAAUGAAGUUUUGCCACUUUCUAAAUGACAAGUUCCGUGCAUUAAAUGUACACGUACAACUGUUUGACGUUUAUACAAAUAGUCAUUGUCACAUUAUUUACAUUUUAAGAGAUUCGUUUUGUUUGGAUCUGAAUUUAGCGUGCGUUAUUAUUCUAUUUGUUGCUUUUUUUUCUUGAGAGAAUCUACAAGCAUUUACGACUCCAGCUUAUUUUCAAGAGACGUUUUUCAUUUUCAUAAUUUGAUUUCCGUACAUGGGCGCCCGCAGGGAGGGGGGCAAGGGGGAAAUUUUCUGAAAGAAACACUGAGCCCGAGUGUCAAGUGUGGUGAUAUUACCUUAUUGCUUGAUGACUCUUGAAUGAAUUCUCAACUGCUCGUAUCUCGGGGUUUUGAAAAUAAUUUCAAAUGAACCGCAAAAAACGUACUCUCAUUCAUAUGCACUUAAAAGUAGUUUAAAAGAAGACUCCAACCAAUUUCAUUAGAAUGAAACUAACCUAUUUAUCUACAUCAAUUUGCACAACUUAAUAGAGUCUUACAAAUGUGUCAAAUCAAAUUCUCAUAGGCAUAGAUUAGUCCAACGGUUGCAAAAUAAUUUAUCACCUUGUGUCUAAUUACUAAAGAUUAUAGACCUACUGUAUAGACCUAACAUUUCAUCAUCAUUUCUUUAUGCUUUGUAGGAAGAGGGUUAUGGUAUUACUAUGCGACUUAUACAUACAAAUAAGAAUUAUUAUUGACGAUCAUGUUAGAUCGAUUGAUUUAUGAGGUCCCGUCAUUGAUGGAAGUGGGGCCUAAUCUCCUCGCCUUUGGAAGUUCUCGGGGCUGGGGACGGAUAUGGACUUUCCAGCUGUACGUUGUGGGAUGGACAUCCCAGCUGCACGUUGUGGGAUGGACAUCCCAGCUGCACGCUGUGGGAUGGACUCCCAGCUGUACGUUGUGGGACGGACGUCCCAGCUGUGCGUUGUGGGAUGGAUGUCCCAGCGGUGUGUUGGGUGUAGAGUCCCAGAAACUCGCGGUCCUAUAAUGAUGCAGGCUCUCACGGUUCGGUACGUGGAUGUACAUCGCUAAGAUGUACAACUUCUCGGAAUCAGACCUCGGGCAUCAUCAUCACAUCCAACAUGCUAAGGCGCCUAAGGUGCGGUGGUUGCUUGCAAUACGGAAACCAGGUGGGUAACACCAGCCCACAUCUUCAAUCGACGGGUCUCACACGUAAUUAUGCGAGGUUCACCCGGAGAGGUUUGUGGAGGAAAAGAAUGCAACCCCGGUGGGACACAUGCUAUUUCUAUGGUAUGGUGAUUCAUCAUUGCAUGGUUGACCUAGUCACAGUGGCUCAUGAAAUAAGUUGCUUAAUUAUUGCCUGGUAUGCGACCACUCACGCAAGAAGUUAUUCCAAAAGCGUGCCACCGGGGUGGGGGAAAGCUUUUCGCAACCCCUACCCACGAAAAACCUCUGCAGUUGGGUAAAAAUGCCGCCCUUUAUAUCUAGAAAAAAGUGCCGCCCAGGGCAGAAAGCCCCCUCCGCAACCCCCUUCCCAUGCCAGUGCGUGGGCUGGUGUGUUGCCGAACCGACUAGGUACUAAUUGAUAAGCAUGACAGCGCUACCUAACCUGGGACAAGGAGGUCAAUACAAGAUAAUGUAACUUAACAGAUGCACACAUAAGUAUGUGUGUGUGUGUGGGGGGGGGGGUUUAUUCUAGCAAUGUAUGCUUACAACACAACGGUACAUAAAAUAUGAACAGUCUAGCCUCAUAUCAUUACAACUAGCCUCGUAUAUUGAUAUCUAGCCUCGUAUCAUGACAUCUAGGCUAAUAUCUUGACAUCUCGCCUCAUAUCAUAACAUCUAGACUAAUAUCAUGACAUCUCAUCUCAUAUCAUGACAUCUCGCCUCAUAUAAUGACAACUAGCCUUAUGUAAUGAUAUUUAGCCUAAUAUCUUUACAUCUAGCCUCAUAUCUUGACUUCUCGCCUCAUACAUUGACUUCUAGCCUCAUAUCAUGACAUGUAGCAUCAUAUCAUAACACCUAGCCUCAUAUCAUGACAUCUAUCCUCAUACCUUGACAUCUAGCCUCAUAUCUUGACAUUUAGCCUCAUAUCAUGACAUCUAGCCUUAUAUCAUGACAUCUAGCCUCCAAUGUUCCCCUUAAGCUGCGCGGCUGCGCGGCCGCGCAGUACUCUCACAGACGCCGCGCAGCAGUUUUGAGUACCCCGCAGCUAAUUUCCACUUAAGUGUGUGUUUGUGUCUGUAGGCUGUAAAAUUUUGCGCACAAAAAAAUUGAUGCUGUAAAAAUUUGCUCACAACUUUAUGAUUUUGCACACGAACCAACAAACCUUAGAGGGAACAUUGCUAGCCUCAUAUCUUGACAUCUAGCCUAACCUCAUAUGUUGACAUCUAGCCUCAUAUCAUGGCAUGUAGCCUCAUAUCAUGACAUCUAGCCUCAUAUCAUGACAUCUAGCCUCAUAUCAUGACAUUUUGCCCGAGUAAACUUCUUCUGCCGACAAGUGUGAUAAUUUUUUUUUACUGAUUUUGCUUCUCCCCCCACUCCCCCUUAAUGUAUCCCUUUACCCCGUGUAGUUCCUUAAUUAAUUUCCGUUGACCAAUGUGUGAACCCUCCAUCAGACUACGAUUCCACCGGAGAGCUCUACAACAUGUACCUCCUCAUGGAGGCCUUCACCAGCAUAUGGAGCAACAAGACCUACAACGUGACCGUCAGCACGAAGAUGUUCUCUGGACACAGCAUGCGGGACGACCCGAUCCUGGUGGACAUCGUCAUCCUGCGGAUAGCCUCCUACAUGGUGGUGGCCACCACGUUCUUCAUCGGCAGAAACGUCUACACGAUAGCAAAGGAGCGACAGAGUGGGGUCCUGGUAAGGUGGGGGUCCUGCCUGGUAAGGUGGGGGGUCCUGGUAAGGUGAGGGUCCUGGUAAGGGGGGUCUGGUAAGGUGAGGGUCCUGGUAGGAUAGGGGUCCUGGUAAGGGGGAGUCUUGUAAGGUGGGGUUCCUGGUAAGAUGGCGGUCCUGGUAAGGUGGGGGUCCUGGUAAUGUGGGGGUCCUGUAAGGUGGGGGUCCUGGUAAUGUAGGGGUCCUGUAAGGUGGGGGUCCUGGUAAUGUAGGGGUCCUGGCAGGGGGGGGGUUAUGGUAGGGUGGGAGUGUAGGGAGGGUUGGGGACCUGGUAAGGUGGGGGUCCUGGUAAUGUGGGGGUCCUGUAAGGUGGGGGUCCUGGUAAUGUAGGGGUCCUGUAAGGUGGGGGUCCUGGUAAUGUAGGGGUCCUGGCAGGGUGGGGGUUAUGGUAAGGUGGGAGUUUAGGUAAGGUUGGGGUCCUGAAAAGACGGGUGUAUUCGUGAGACGGGGGUCGUGUAAGGCGGUAGUAAUUAGUUAGAGGGGAUCCUUGUGAGGCCGGGGUCCCGUUAGAUAGGGGCUAACUGGUAAGGUGGGGGGUGGGGUCUUGCGAAGAUGGCGUAAAAUUAAAUUAAUAGCAAUUACCUCUAUUUUAUGAAUUCUUUAACUCAUACUAUUGGAAUCUCUCUCUUCUACAGGCUGUUUAUAAACGAAUGGGGAUGAACCUCGUGGUCUACUGGCUUUCCUGGUACCUGUGGAUGCUGACCAUGUCCACCCUCCUGUCCAUGGUGUUUGUCGGCACGCUGCUGUAUCCCAUACUGGGCAACGACCCGAUCUUCAUGCUGUCCGACAACUGGGUGGUCAUGUUCUUCUUCUUCACCUUCUCCGCGAGCCUGUCCGCGUACUGCAUCCUGGGGAGUGUCAUUCACACAGAGGGUACGUUGGAGGCUAUUUAAUGUUCUGUGGGAGGGGGGAGCAGGCGCUUGCUCUAUCUGCCCCCCCCCCGGGUAAGACAUUUGAAAUAAGCCCCCAUCUGCUUGGCCGUGCUAUGUUACACAUUAUUAACGAGGAAUCCGCCUGCCACCCAGGCCGUCCCAAAAUCAAGUGUGGGUCACCGUUUCGGUGACCAAUGUGCAAUGCUGGCAGUUCGGUUCCCUGUUGCGGUCUUGCCUGUUAAAGUAGAACUUAGUAAGUCAGUGUUCCGUCCGAAUCGAGUAACCGACUCUAAUGAUGCUGCCGUUUUAGUUUCCCCCCUGGAUAUGACUUGGUGGGUCGGGGGCCCGUUAUCGUGGAAAAACUCUGGGAUUCGUGCUGUCUGCCCAUUGCCCUUACCACUUUGUUCUUAAGUUGUCCGCCAACCUAUUUUUGAAUCAAAGAAGAGUGACUACGAAGAGAUUAAGAUGGUUUUGGCUAGGCAGCCCCAGUACGCUGAUUAAAUGGGGACUAGUAGUGAAUUGCAGAUGUACACAUUUGGGACACUAUCGUGUUAGGGAAGCGUUUUGCAACGUGUGUUCCGUAGAGCCCCAGGUGAUCCACAAUCACUCUCAGGGGCUCCUUUGCCGCCCCGAGAAAUAAAAUAACACCAUUAAUUCGAUAAACAUAGACUAAGCCAUAAGGGCUACACUAGACAAAUGUAUUCUAAAAAGAACUCCGCGAGUCAAAAGGUUGGGAACCAUUGCACUAGAGUAUUUUUUUUUUAAACAACACAUAUUAUUAUGUCAAUGCCUUAAAAAAUCAAUGUUAAUUUCAGUUUAUGCUUUAUUUGACAAUAGGGAUUGGACAAAUGCCUCUGCCAUGAGUCACUAUGUAAAGACAAAAUAUAUAUGAACAAUUAAGUAUUGGUACACAAUUAUUUUUUAAAGAGCCAUCAGAUUUUAUUUUAUUUCUUUGCCAUGACUCACUAUAAUAUUAAUAAUUUAAUAAACUGACGGAUUCACCAUUUAUAUUCCUUAACAGCUAAGACCUGCGUCGCAAUUGCAUGUUUUUUCCACGUGUCCCUCAUCUACAUGCUCAGAGCACUCACGAGCCAAAGCUGGUCUCGCCCAGCGCUGGGCCUUCUGGUCAACCUCAACCUGUAUUUCGGUCUGCUGGUCUUCGCCGCCGCAGAACGUUCUGGUAUGCCUGUCUUGCCCACUACUGUUAACAAAAGUAAUGAUUCUACAUUAUAUUAUUAUUAUAAGGCCCGCAACUCACUCACUACCCGUGAGGUCGGCAGUUAUCUAUCUUAUAUUCUGUGGUCGUGGCUUUCAACCGAUUUGUCAUCUACUCGUUAUCGACCUAUAAUUGUAUAUAUUAGAUUCCAGGUCGGCAAAAGAAAAUAUUAUUUUCUAUAUUGCUUAGACUCAAGAGAUUUCUCUUGUAAAUGUUAGUAGUGUAUGUAUGUAUUUAUGUACGGCUUCUCAUGUGCCUAUAUGUGUAUUCGGUUGUGAGAGGAGUCAACUCAAAUGUAGGCCGCUACCUCCCAGGACACGCGGGAUUACCCUAAAAUGAAAAAGGUGACCAUCUAGCCAGGCAAAAACUGCUCAACCACAACCAAACCGGUCAAGGAACCAGCUUGGGGUCACGGCCUGUAUAAAAGACCUCUUCAGAGCGGUCUGGCCAGAGAACUGUGAAAACGGCGUGACAGCCCGUAAACGUGACUAAAAAUGCCACGAACCAACUGAAAGGGGAGAUCAUGGUGGCGUUUGAAACGAGAGCACCAGAGCCUCAAUACCCAGAGGAGAAUAGAACAUUGUCCUAAAUGAAGCUACAUUCAACAGGCUACAACCGCUGCGGGACCCAAGCUGCCAUCACAGCGGACAGGCGCCGGAGACAAUGGAGUACUUGCUAGCCGAGUACUCGAGCACCCCGAGUGGAGGGGCAGACAACCAACGGAUGAGGCACACCCGAACAGUGCUUUGCCGGAACCAUAAAAGAGCGCUAGCUUGGUCCCGCUACCUCAUCAGAAGAGAAUCUUAUUUACAGGAAAGGUUAGGAAAGAUGACAAUUCGUACUGUUUUUUACCAGUAUAGUAUGUUGACAUCCGUCCGUCACAAUGUGACGAUGGUGUAGACUUCGCAUAAAUCCACAAGGCUUGAUAAUUCUUCUAGGAUUAUAAGCUUGGUCCCUACAGCUAUCCGCCUCUGUCCACGCCACUGGCUGCGUGUGUGACAAUGUGUACCGUCUUUACUCUUUACCAGUACCUACAUGUGUCUUGAGUAGUCGUGCGUUGAACACAGUAUAAUUAAAUACUACACAAUCAAUCAUAAUUAAUUGACCAAUAGAUUGUUGCGCACUGGCUUCUAUUGUGAGAAAUAAAUCUCUUGUUUUUUAGUUGUGGCUCGUUCAAACAGUGCACAACAAAUGGACGAUACCGUAGAGAAAUACAAUUGCAAAAAUGCGACACCCAAAACAAUACUAAUUACAAUUAAUAAGAUUUAUUUGGGUAUCAAGUAUUGAUAUAAUUACAAAAUAAAAGAAAUAUAAUUACAAAUCAUAAAUUUACAGAGUAUGAGAAGUCUUGUACCAGUACACAAUUGGUACAAUGUGUCUGUUGAAGUACAAUGAUGAAUGCGAACAAACACGUAUGAGGACACACAGAAUAAUACACUUGUCUCGUAAAGUUAAAAAUAUCUAUCUAUCAAUCUCCGUCACUCCGUGAAUCUUUGUCUCUGUCAAUCCCUUAUAUAUGCAGCGUAAGACGCUUUCCAGAAACGACUUAGACAUUGUUAACUUUCUCGUCAAAUCGAGAAGGUUCCACAAGAUACUAGAAGACAGACUAACCAUCUUUAAUUGGUAGUCGGCAGUAAAGACGACAGAUCAACAGAAAAUAUGCCACGCCCAACGCGAAGGCAGUCCAAUCUGGGGUCAACAAGAGUUCACGGCAUGGGGAAAGUGCUACAUAACAAGAUCGUGUGUAUGUUAUAUCAAGGCACAAAUAAGUAAAGCAACUAAAAAUAUUAUAUUCAUCCAAAUCAGAAUCAAGAAAGUGUUUGUUUUUUUCCUUCAAAAGCUUCACAGACAGAAAUAAUUGUUUCCUUUUGGGAACCCAUGGUGCCUAAAACGGAUUUACGUUUCCUGGUUUUUAAUUUGAAAGAUAUGGUCACCUUACUCUGAGUUAAAUUUGAAAGUAAUGGUCCCCUUCUUUCUUCUUCAUAUGCCUUUUAAACCCCGUCCGGGGCAUAGGCCAUCUACAAGAAUUUUCCACUCAUCAUGGUCCUAUGCUUUCCUUACCAAUUGCUUCCAGGUGUAUCCCAUAUUUUGCAGGUCUGCCUCUAGCUCACGUCUCCAUGUAUUCUUAGGCCUUCCUCUCUUUCUCUUUCCUUGUGGGUUCAAUGUUAAGCAUUAUCUGGUGGUGCAAUCUGGGGGGUUUUUUUUGGAGCGUAUGCCCUAUCCACCUCCAUCUUUUCUUUAUGAUAGCUUUAUCAGUGGGCACCUGGUAUGUCCUUUCUAGUGGAUCUUUGUUGGUGAUGGUAUUUGGCCAUUUGAUGUUCAGGAUUUUUCUAAGGCAUGUGUUUAUGAAUGUCUGCACUUUCUGCGUAAUGCUCGCUGUUGCUUUCCAAGUUUCAGCUCUAUAUAGUAGAACUGUUUUGACAUUUGUAUUCAAGAUUCUAACUUUGGUUUGCAGUUUCAGCUCCUUGACUCCCAUAUGUUCUUUAAUAGCACAAAUGCAGAUCUAGCUUUUCCAAUUCUGGCCCUUACGUCCGCGUCGGAUCCGCCAUUUGUGUCUAUGGUGCUGCCUAAGUAUGUGAAGGACUCCACUUCUUCCAGUGACUUUCCUGCCAGACAGAUAUGUUCUUGGUUUGAUGAGUUUACCUUCAUGAUUUGUGUCUUGCUUUUAUUUAUAUUGAGACCAAGUUUUGCUGAAAAGGUGGCUACGUCUUUUGUCUUUUCUGCAUUUGUUGCUGGUUGUGGGACAGAAGCUCAAUGUCGUCGGCAAAGUCUAAGUCAUUCAGUUGUUCUCAGAGUGUCCUGUUUAUCCCAUUCCUCUUAUUGUCUGUGGAUUUUUUUAUUAUCAAGUCAAUGGCAAGGAUGAAUAGAAAUGAGGACAAGAGACAUCCUUGUCUGACUCCUGUUCGACUGUAAAGGUAUCUUUGAGUCUACCUUCGUGGAGCACCCUGCAUGUCAUUUCUUCAUAAGAGCUCUGAAUGAUCCUGAUUAGUUUUCCUGGUACUCCAUAAAGCCGAAGAAGUUUCCACAAGGUUUGUUGUUCCAGGCUAUCAAAGGCCUUUUCUUUGUCUAUAAAAUGUAUAUAUAUGGGGUGUUCCAUUCGAUUGACUGUUCUACAAUGAUUCUUAGUGCUGCAAUUUGAUCUGUGCAUGACCUGUUUUGGCGGAAGCCAGCCUGCUGAUCUCGUAGCUGCCUGUCGACCUGGUCUUUCAUUCUAUUCAAAAUGUUACCCUUCUCUAAGUUAAAUUUGAAAGAAAUGGCCCCCUUAAUCUGAGUAAAAUGUGAAGGUAAUUAAGUUAAACCUGCAAUAAAUGAUUCCCUUACUCUGAGUGAAAUUUGAAAGAAAUGGUCCCUUACUCUGAGUGAAAUUUGAAAGAAAUGGUCCCUUGCUCUGAGUGAAAUUUGAAAGUCAUUAAGAUAAACUUGCAAGAAAUGGUCCCCUUACUCUGAGUGAAAUUUGAAAUUAAUGGUCCCCUAAUUCUGAGUGAAAUUUGAAAGUAAUGGUCCCCUUACUCUGAUUGAAAUUUGAAAGUAAUGGUCCCCUUACUCUAACUUAAAUUUGAAAGUAAUGGUCCCCUUACUCUAAGGGUGUGGCGUCCAAUGGAAAAACAUCGGUUAC